AUGCAUAUUUCUGAUGAAACUAUUAUCUUCCUCUCUGCAGUCAAGGUCAUGCAUUCUCCACCUCGACCUGUGACUGUGAAGGACCAGCAGGAGUGGAACAUCCCACCUUGCAUAUCUAACUUGAAGAACCCUAAAGAUUAUACAAUUCCUCUCGACAAGUGGCUAGCUGCUGAUGGUUGUGGGCUGCGGGAGGUUCAGAUUAAUGAUAAUUUUGUCAAGCCUUCCGAGGCACUAUACGUUGCAGAACAAAAAGCUAGAGAUGUUGUUGUUGCAGUACAAUCGAUGGUUCAAAAUGAGAUGAUGAUGGCGGAGAAGGAGAAGAAACAUAUGGAACUACGGAUGUUGGCACAGAAGGCGAGAUCUGAGAGCACUGGUGUAGUAGCUUUAGCAGGUGGCAUAUCAAUUCCUUCCGAGACACUAUACGUUGCAGAACAAAAAGCUAGAGAGGCUGUUGUUGCAGUACAGUCAAAGGCUCAAAAGGAGAUGAUGAUGACGCGGAAGGAGAAGAAACAUAUGGAACUACUGAUGUUGGCACAUAAGGCAAGGUCUGAGAGAACUGGUCUAGUAGCUUUACCAAGUGGCAUAUCAAUUCCUUCCAAGAACGCUGCUAAUUAUGGUGAUACGAGUGUGGAAUAUGAAAGGGGUAGAGGUGAAAGAAUUGGAGAUGGCCCCAAGGAAACUAAAGAAGAGAAAGAGUUGAGAUUGCAAAGGGAAGCAAUUCCUGCGGAGCGGCGGAGAGAGAGAAAGGGGGAAAGAGGACUCAAGGCAGAAGAUGCUGGCAUAGGGAAGAACAAGGAAACAAAAGAAGAGAAAGAGGAAAGAUCGCGAAGAGAAAAAAUUCGUGGUGAGCGGCGGAGAGAGAGAGAGAGGGAAAGAAUACUUGAGGCAAACUAUGCUCGCAUAGGGAAGAACUGCAAAUUAUCUGCGAUAGAGAGACCGUGA